AUGACAGGUAGGAUGGCAGCACUACAGUUGCAUGCAGCGGUGUCAGUGAGUCAGACCCUCGCGGCGGGCGAAAGCAGCAGAGCUUCAUACCUUGGCUACCCCGUGGGCAUUGAAGACAAAUACAAAUUCAAUGGCGAAAUUGGCAAGGGCGGGAAUGGCGUGGUGCGCGUCGUCGUCAACCAUGAGACAGGCGAGGAGUUUGCCUGCAAGUCCAUCCGGAAGGUAUUGGUGGACGCGUCGGAGAAGAAGAAGCAGGGACACCUUGACAGUAUCCGUCGGGAGGUCCUCGCGCUGACAAAGCUGAAGGGAAGCCUCAACAUUGUGAAACUUGAGGAUGUGUACGAGGAUGACGAGCACGUUCACAUUGUUAUGGAGCUUUGCAGAGGCGGCGAGCUAUGGCACCGCAUCGGCGAUAGCCACUACAGCGAGCGCACGGUUGCUAGCUUCAUGCGCGCUGUGCUAAGGACCCUGGCGCAGUGCCACGCACAGAAUAUUCUCCAUCGUGACAUUAAGCCAGGCAACUUCAUGCUUCUGACUAACGAGGACCGUGCUCCGCUGAAGGCCAUUGACUUUGGUCUUGCGGCUCCAUUCGACCCUGAGCAUCUGCCCCGGACGGACCUGGGGCUGGAGGGGACGCCCUGGUACAUGGCUCCAGAGACGCUCCGUGGCGACUGGUACCCCGCCAGCGACAUCUGGGCUGCAGGCGUCAUGGCGUACCAGCUGCUUUCUGGCCAAUUCCCCUUCGAUGACCGGAGGAACCCGUUCGCGCCGGCAAUUACCGCUGUCUGGCGCUCCGUGAUGAAUGACUCCGUGGACUUCAAGCAGCGCUGGUGGUCGGGUAUCAGCGAGGAGGCCAGGGACUUCUGCCGGUUGCUGCUGAACCGGGAUGUGUCUGCUCGGCCCACAGCCAAGGAGGCGCUCAAGCACCCCUGGCUCAGCGGCAACUCCUCGGAGCGCUCUACGGGUCGCAAGCUGCACCAGAGUGUGGUGGCCCGCAUUCAGCGCUUCGCUGCCGGCAGCCAACUGAAGCGCACCGUGCUGCAGUCCAUCGCAGCGGAGUUGCUCAGCCACCCGGAGCUGGUGCGGGAGCUGGAUCGCGACUGUGACCGCUGUGACAUCUCGGAAACGGGCCGCCCCAUCGUAUCGACCCCCGACUCGGCGAGCCUGCAGUCGCUGUUGGCCCAGAUGGAGCUGGACAAGGGCGGCGCGGUGCUGGACGAGACACAGCUGGGAGAGGCGCUGGAGCGUUUGGGCUUCAAGCUGGCCCCCAGUGAGGUGUCCCGGCUGAUGGAGCAAGUGGACCUGGAGGGCUCGGGGGGCAUCGACCAGGCCGCCUUUGCCGCCAGCCAGAUGGACUGGCGCCACCUGCAGAAGAACCACACAGAGCUCUGGUUGGACCUGGCGGCCAAGGCGUUUCGGGAGAUGGACACCAAUGGCGACGGAGUGCUGGAGGUGAAUGAGCUGCUGACAGCGCUGCGCGAGCGGCUGCCUCCCGACGAAGUCCAGUCGGCCUUGCAACUGGCCCUGGAGGAAGCCGGGGCGAGGGGCGGCGUGCUCCAUCCCGGUGGUGGCGCGUCUGAUGAGCAGGGCAUCGACUUCAAUGCCUUCUGCAACCUGCUCAAGGUCGGCUCCAUGGAUACGCUGGACCUGUACGACGACCGCCUCAGCUCGCUGUCCAGCGGCUCCGUCCAUGGCGGCUCUGUUGACCGCCUCAACGGCAUGCUGGCCGCCUCCCUGCGCAACACCGGAGACUGGAGCCGCCACGGAGGCAGUCGUCACGGCGCGGGCCUGGCCGGCGAGGCAUCCACACACUCCCAGGCCAGCGACCGCCCGGACGGAUCUGUGCGCUCCACCGACAACAACAACGGCAGGUCGCAGCACGGCCCACGACAGGCGCCGGGGGGCAUCGUAUUCCGUUUCGACGUGGACCGCCAGAGUGCUCAGGCCGCUAGCGCCGGGGCUAGCACAUUCGCGGAUGGCCAGAGCGCCAAGGAGCAGCAGAAGGGGGGAAGCAUUCAUGGCAUCGCGGCCGGCGGUCAGUCCUCGGGCGGGGGAGUGAGUGGCGGCAUGGUGUGGCGCUUCGAUGUGGGCGGCCCGCCGGCUGCACCGCCGAAGCCACCGGCGCCAGUUCCGGUCUGGCGCUUCGACGUCGUUGGAGCAGCAGCAGGCCGGGCCCCCCUUUCAGAGCCAGCCAGUCCAGCUGCGGGUGCGGCCGCGGAGAGCAGCAGCAGCAGCAGCAACAACAACAGGGGUUGCGUUGGGGAUCUGGCUUGCGGUGGUGGUGACGGGAGCCACGACGCCCAGGCGGGAGCCGCAGUGGCCAACGGCGCGACCGGCAGCCUCAUCGGCCGCCAGGGUGGCUACUUCGACCGCCGUAUGCACGGCAGUGACUUGUACCGCAACGUGGCUCUCAAGGCGCUGCAGUCGUCCGGGCACCAUCGCCUGGGUACGGUAGCGGAAUGA